AUGUUUGAGCAGACUGUGUCCUGGAAGAUCAGAGAUGCAUCUGUGCUCUCUAAGCUAGUUAGCCAAGCUAACAAUAGACCAGAUUCUCCUGAACCCAGCUGUGUGUCCAUGAAGAGUGACCGGUCUAAUGAUCGACCUAUUGAGUUCAAACAUGGACAUCAGUCUGCUGAUCAGAGUGUUCAUCAGCAGAGCUCAGAGGUUCUCAGUGGUCAGUCUGUCCAGCAGCAUCAAACACAGCUGGACUCCAUAUUUAAGCUGCUGGAGGAGAACAUCAGCAGGUUUGUGAAGAUCGAGCUGAAGAAGAUCCAGAAGGAUCUGAGUCCAGAUUACCCAGAAUGCUUAGAGAGUCAGAGUGAGGAUGAGGAGGUGUUGGACGGUGAGGAGGAAGAGCAGAGGAGGAGCAGCAGCAGAGAGGCAUUUCUGGAGAUCACACUGCACUUCCUGAGGAGAAUGAAGCAGGAGGAGCUGGCUGAGCGUCUGCAGAGCAGAACUAAUGCUGGCAGGUGUCGAUAUAAACUAAAGUCUAACCUGCAGAAGAAGUUCCAGUGUCUGUUUGAGGGGAUCGCUAAAGCAGGAAACCCAACCCUUCUGAAUGAGAUCUACACACCGCUCUACAUCACAGAGGGAGGGACUGCAGAGGUCAAUGAUGAACAUGAGGUCACACAGAUUGAAACAGCAUCCAGGAAACCAGACAGACCAGAAACAACAAUCAGACAUGAAGACUUCUUUAAAGCCUCACCUGGAAGAGAUGAACCAAUCAGAACAGUGAUGACAAAGGGAGUGGCUGGCAUUGGGAAAACAGUCUUAACACAGAAGUUCACUCUGGACUGGGCUGAAGACAAAGCCAACCAGGACAUACACUUCACAUUUCCAUUCACUUUCAGAGAGCUGAAUGGGCUGAAAGAGAAAAAGUACAGCUUGGUGGAACUUGUUCAUCACUUCUUUACUGAAACCAAAGAAGCAAGAAUCUGCAGGUUUGAAGAGUUCCAGGUUGUGUUCAUCUUUGACGGUCUGGAUGAGUGUCGACUUCCUCUGGACUUCCACAACACUGAGAUCCUGACUGAUGUUACAGAGUCCACCUCAGUGGAUGUGCUGCUGACAAACCUCAUCAGGGGGAAACUGCUUCCCUCUGCUCGCCUCUGGAUAACCACACGACCUGCAGCAGCCAAUCAGAUCCCUCCUGAGUGUGUCGGCAUGGUGACAGAGGUCAGAGGGUUCACUGACCCACAGAAGGAGGAGUACUUCAGGAAGAAAUUCAGAGAUGAGAAUCAGGCCAGUACCAUCAUCUCCCACAUCAAGACUUCACGAAGCCUCCACAUCAUGUGCCACAUCCCAGUCUUCUGCUGGAUCACUGCUACAGUUCUGGAGGAUGUGUUGAAAAGCAGAGAGGGAGGAGAGCUGCCCAAGACCCUGACUGAGAUGUACAUCCACUUCCUGGUGCUUCAGGCCAAACUGAAGAAUGUCAAGUAUGAUGGAGGAGCUGAGACAGAUCCACACUGGAGUCCAGAGAGCAGGAAGAUGAUUGAGUCUCUGGGAAAACUGGCUUUUGAGCAGCUGCAGAAAGGCAACCUGAUCUUCUAUGAAUCAGACCUGACAGAGUGUGGUAUCGAUAUCAGAGAAGCCUCAGUUUGCUCAGGAGUGUUCACACAGGUCUUUAAAGAGGAGAGAGGGCUGUACCAGGACAAGGUGUUCUGCUUCGUCCAUCUGAGUGUUCAGGAGUUUCUGGCUGCUCUUCAUGUCCAUCUGACAUUCAUCAAGUCUGGAGUCAAUCUGCUGGCAGAAGAAAGAACAACAUCCCAGAUAUGUUUCUACCAGAGUGCUGUGGACGAGGCCUUAAAGAGUCCAAAUGGACACCUGGACUUGUUCCUCCGCUUCCUCCUGGGUCUUUCACUGCAGACCAAUCAGACUCUCCUACAAGGUCUGCUGACGCAGACAGGAAGUAGCUCACAGACCAAUCAGAAAACGGUCAAGUACAUCAAGAAGAAGAUUAGUGAGAAUGUGUCUGCAGAGAGGAGCAUCAAUCUGUUGCACUGUCUGAAUGAACUGAAUGAUCAUUCUCUAGAGGAGGAGAUCCAACACUACCUGAGAUCAGGAAGUCUCUCCACAGAUAAACUGUCUCCUGCUCAGUGGUCAGCUCUGGUCUUCAUCUUACUGUCAUCAGAAAAAGAUCUGGAUGUGUUUGACCUGAAGAAAUACUCUGCUUCAGAGGAGGCUCUUCUGAGGCUGCUGGAAGUGGUCAAAGCUUCAAGUAAAGCUUUGCUGAGUGGCUGUAACCUCUCAGAGAGAAGCUGUGCAGCUCUGUCCUCAGUUCUCAGCUCCCAGUCCUCUAGCCUGAGAGAUCUGGACCUGAGUAACAACAACCUGCAGGAUUCAGGAGUGAAGCAGCUUUCUGCUGGACUGGAGAGUCCACACUGUGGACUGGAAACUCUCAGGCUGAAUGGCUGUAACCUCUCAGAGAGAAGCUGUGCAGCUCUGUCCUCAAUUCUCAGCUCCCAGUCCUCGAGUCUGAGAGAGCUGGACCUGAGUAACAACAACCUACAGGAUUCAGGAGUGAAGGAGCUUUCUGCUGGACUGGAGAGUCCACACUGUACACUGGAAACACUCAGUCUGUCAGGAUGUCAGAUCACAGAGGAAGGCUGUGCAUCUCUGGCCUCAGCUCUGAACUCCAACCCCUCCCAUCUGAGAGAGCUGGACCUGAGUGACAACAACCUCCAGGAUUCAGGAUUGAAGCAGCUUUCUGCUGGACUGGAGGAUCCAUGCUGGAGACUGGACACUCUCAGGGUGGACCAUGGUGGAGAGCAGUGGUUAAAACCUGAUCUGCAGAAGUAUUUCUGUGAACUCACACUGGACACAAACACAGUUAACAGAGCCCUCAAACUGUCUGAUAACAACAGGAAGGUGACACGUGUGGAGGAGGAUCAGUCAUAUCCUGAUCAUCCAGACAGAUUUGACCACUGGGUUCAGCUGAUGUGUAGUAAUGGUCUGACUGGUCGCUGUUACUGGGAGGUCGAGUGGAAAGGAGGAAUUAGUAUAUCAGUGAGUUACAGAGGAAUCAACAGGAAAGGAAACGUCAGUGAAAACUGUGUGUUUGGAAAGAACGAUCAGUCCUGGAGACUGACCUGCUCUGAUGAAGACGGUUACUCUGUCUGGCACGAUAAGAGACAAACAUACAUCUCCUCCUCCUUCUCCUCCUCCUCUGUCUCUAACAGAGUAGCAGUGUCUGUGGACUGUCCUGCUGGCACUCUGUCCUUCUACAGAGUCUCCUAUGACACACUGAUCCACCUCCACACCUUCAACACCACAUUCACUGAACCUCUGUAUCCUGGAUUUGGAGUCUGGCCUGAUUCCUCGAUGUCUCUGUGUCCUCUGUCUGAGAUGGACACUCUCAGGGUGGACCAUGGUGGAGAGCAGUGGUUAAAACCUGGUGUGAAGAAGUCAGCAGCAGCCGCUCGCUCCUCUGAAGGACCGAAGCUUUUCACAGCGUCUCUGAAAAACAGCCCAGAACAACAGCAUGAGAGCGCUGAGAGUCAACCAAAACAGACAAAGCUUCCAGGAAGCAGACGCAGGGUUCGGAGCUUCCAGGAAGCAGACGCAGGGUUCGGAGCUUCCAGGAAGCAGACGCAGGGUUCUGAGCUUCCAGGAAGCAAACGCAGGGUUCGGAGCUUCCAGGAAGCAGACGCAGGGUUCGGAGCUUCCAGGAAGCAGACGCAGGGUUCGGAGCUUCCAGGAAGCAGACGCAGGGUUCGGAGCUUCCAGGAAGCAGACGCAGGGUUUACCAGGAAGCAGACGCAGAGCUUCCAGGAAGCAGACGCAGGGUUCGGAGCUUCCAGGAAGCAGACGCAGGGUUUACCAGGAAGCAGACGCAGGGUUUACCAGGAAGCAGACGCAGAGCUUCCAGGAAGCAGACGCAGGGUUUACCAGGAAGCAGACGCAGGGUUUACCAGGAAGCAGACGCAGGAGCUUCCAGGAAGCAGACGCAGGGUUCGGAGCUUCCAGGAAGCAGACGCAGGGUUCGGAGCUUCCAGGAAGCAGACGCAGGGUUCUGAGCUUCCAGGAAGCAAACGCAGGGUUCGGAGCUUCCAGGAAGCAGACGCAGGGUUCGGAGCUUCCAGGAAGCAGACGCAGGGUUCGGAGCUUCCAGGAAGCAGACGCAGGGUUCGGAGCUUCCAGGAAGCAGACGCAGGGUUUACCAGGAAGCAGACGCAGAGCUUCCAGGAAGCAGACGCAGGGUUCGGAGCUUCCAGGAAGCAGACGCAGGGUUCGGAGCUUCCAGGAAGCAGACGCAGGGUUCGGAGCUUCCAGGAAGCAGACGCAGGGUUCGGAGCUUCCAGGAAGCAGACGCAGGGUUCGGAGCUUCCAGGAAGCAGACGCAGGGUUUACCAGGAAGCAGACGCAGAGCUUCCAGGAAGCAGACGCAGGGUUCGGAGCUUCCAGGAAGCAGACGCAGGGUUUACCAGGAAGCAGACGCAGGGUUUACCAGGAAGCAGACGCAGAGCUUCCAGGAAGCAGACGCAGGGUUUACCAGGAAGCAGACGCAGGGUUUACCAGGAAGCAGACGCAGGGUUGGGAGCUUCCAGGAAGCAGACGCAGGGUUUACAGCAGGGAUUAGGGAGAGAUCUCAGGAUUUACAGCUCAGAGCUUCCAGGAAGCAGACGCAGGGUUCGGAGCUUCCAGGAAGCAGACGCAGGGUUCGGAGCUUCCAGGAAGCAGACGCAGGGUUCUGAGCUUCCAGGAAGCAAACGCAGGGUUCGGAGCUUCCAGGAAGCAGACGCAGGGUUCGGAGCUUCCAGGAAGCAGACGCAGGGUUCGGAGCUUCCAGGAAGCAGACGCAGGGUUCGGAGCUUCCAGGAAGCAGACGCAGGGUUUACCAGGAAGCAGACGCAGAGCUUCCAGGAAGCAGACGCAGGGUUCGGAGCUUCCAGGAAGCAGACGCAGGGUUCGGAGCUUCCAGGAAGCAGACGCAGGGUUUACCAGGAAGCAGACGCAGGGUUUACCAGGAAGCAGACGCAGAGCUUCCAGGAAGCAGACGCAGGGUUUACCAGGAAGCAGACGCAGGGUUUACCAGGAAGCAGACGCAGGGUUUACAGCAGGGAUUAG